UCUGCAAUCGUCUCUCUCUCUCUCUGUGUCAAAAAUAUAAAUACGCAAAAGACAGCACCGCCCUCAUCCACCAUUUAUAGAGAUGACAUUCAAAACAAAGCUCCAGAGUCCUCUAUUCCGACUAGUCAAGAACACUGAACGAGGCGGUUUCCAUCUUUAAAGCUCCCUCACCCUAUGGACGACAGUCAUCACCCUCCCCAAGAGACCCACCCACCCAUCCCUUCCUUCUCUUCCAUCACAGACAAGAUCACAGACACCGACGCGGCCGCCACCACCGCCACCGCCGAUAACUGCUCAAGCAGUAGAAAAUGCAAGGGCAAAGGAGGCCCCGACAACAGCAAGUUCAGGUACCGUGGAGUCCGACAGCGGAGUUGGGGGAAAUGGGUUGCCGAGAUCCGAGAGCCACGCAAGCGUACACGCAAGUGGCUCGGCACUUUCACCACCGCCGAGGACGCCGCUCGCGCCUAUGACCGCGCCGCCAUCAUCCUCUACGGCUCAAGGGCUCAGCUCAAUCUCCAGCCCUCUGGAGGUUCCUCGCCCCACUCCUCCUCCUCCACACGUGGCACCUCCUCCUCGUCUUCAACUCAAACCCUACGCCCUCUUCUCCCUCGCCCCUCUGGCUUCAGCUUUACCUUCUCCUCCACGUCUUCCACCCUUCCAACCAUGCCUUCUUCGGGUAUUGUGCCUUACGGGAUUUACCCUACCGUUAGUCCAUCCGUACUGUGUCCUAACAACAUGGUCCAAAAUCCCCAACAAACGGUCCAACAGUAUCAGUAUCAUCAUCAGCCGUCUGAUUGGACUACUGUUGCUGAUGGAGUUGACCGAACCGCAACAACCUCGUACUCAAACCCUAAUCACCAUCAGGGUUACUUGUGCAACGAUAUAAGCUCGCUUGUGGGCUCAGUGGGUUCGAGCUUGUCUCUGUCUACAUCGCCCCUGGCUGCACCGGUGGUUCCGGAUCCGGUUGGGGCAGUACUCGGACCUGUAUCUCCAUCUAUGUGGCCGUUGACGAGUGACGUGGAUUAUACACCGAGCCUUCUAGACUAUUGCGAUCCUGAGUAUGGCGAUCCUUUCUUGUUUGAUUUUAAGUACUGAUCGAUUGAGGCUUGCAUGUCGUAUCGAUCGGAAAACAAAGGCUCGGAUUGCUCAAUUUCUUUCAAGGUUUAUUUAUACACAGGCUUGCAUGCAAGUUCUGGAGGAGUUUUUGAUCGCAGGUGAGGGGCCGAUUAAUCAUCUCAAUGGUGUUUCUUGCUUGCAACGUUCUCUAUAAGGAUAGAAGAGAUCUAAAGGUACGGUUGCUUGUAUCAGUGAAGAUAUAUAGGUAUAUAUAUAUUUCAUUUAUGGAGUUCCCGAUAGGAAUUCUUCA